AGUACGAGUUUUAGGGUGGGGAGUCACGUGUUUGAUUGCCGUUCCAGUGCACUUUCACUGGUAGAAGGUUGGAAAAACACGGCUUUUGUGUUGUCUGGAACGCUGCAUUAUUUGCAAUAUUUUCUGAUCAAUUACUUUUCCUUGAGAACGCUGAACAUGUUUCAACAUUUCAUUGUUUAUCUCUUCGCAGUUUCACCGCUUGUGAGUCUCACAGGUGCAGAAGCUGAAUGUCCUCUUCAGCUCAACCCACAGAGAGUUGUUGUGAGAUACGGCGGUUCUGUUGAAGUUAACUGUAACACUUCAGUCCUACAUAAAGGGAUGGGAUGGGAAGCCAAUGAGGGAAUAGUGCCCAAGAUCAUAAACCAGAAUCUGAUCACAUGGAGAGUGUCAGAACUGAUAGAUUGGGACAUAAAGCCAUUCUGCUACAUAAAUACAAAUGAUAGUAAACAGUGUCUAAUAGAGCUCCCAGUCACCGUUUACAAGACUCCAGACAGUGUGUCCAUCAGCACUGUGAAUCACAGAGGACCAAUGAAAGAGGGACAGCAGUAUGAGCUCCAGUGUGACGUUCAUGAUGUGGCUCCUGUUCAGUAUCUCACUGUCAAAUGGUACAAAGGACAGACUCUGCUGCAUCAAACCACCUUCAGUGACACUGACAAGACCCCAGUGAAUAAAACUGUCACACUCCUGAUCCGUCCAGACAGAGCUGAUGAUGGAGCUCAAUACAGGUGUGAAGCAGAGCUGGAUCUGGGAGCAGAAGGACCUCAACCUUCUCCUAAAUAUUCAUCAGAACCUCUUAAUGUCGAAGUAUACUGUGCAGAAGCUGAAUGUCCUCUUCAGCUCAACCCACAGAGAGUUGUUGUGAGAUAUGCUGGUUCUGUUGAAGUUAACUGUAAAACAUCAGUCCUACAUAGAGGGAUGGGAUGGGAAGCCAGUGAGGGAGCAGUGCCUAUGACCAAAAACCAGAAUCUGAUCACAUGGAGAGUGAUAAACCUGACAGAAUGGGACAUAUUCCCAAUCUGCUACAUAAACCUAAAAAAAGGUGCACAGUGUAAAGUAGAGCUCCCAGUCACUGUUUACCAGACUCCAGACAGUGUGUCCAUCAGCACUGUGAAUCACAGAGGACCAAUGAUAGAGGGACAGCAGUAUGAGCUCCAGUGUGACGUUCAUGAUGUGGCUCCUGUUCAGAAUCUCACUGUCAAAUGGUACAAAGGACAGACUCUGCUGCAUCAAACCACCUUCAGUGACACUGACAAGACUCCAGAGAAUAAAACUGUCACACUCCUGAUCCGUCCAGACAGAGCUGAUGAUGGAGCUCAAUACUGGUGUGAAGCAGAGCUGGAUCUGGGAGCAGAAGGACCUCAACCUUCUCCUAAAUAUUCAUCAGAACCUCUUAAUGUAGAAGUAUACUAUAAACCACAACACUCCAGUUCAACAGAGACCAUCAUUAAAGAUGAUAAGGUCAUGCUAGAUUGUUCAGUGAAGGCAAACCCGGCUCCUGACUACACAUGGUCCUCAGAUCAUCUGAACUUGAACAUCAGCUCCUCAGUGAUCAAGUCCUCAGCACUCAGUCCAGGAAAAUACAUGUGCACCGCCACAAACUCCCUGGGAAGAGACAGCAAAGUGUUCAUCCUUAAAUCUACAGGUGCAGAAGCUGAAUGUCCUCUUCAGCUCAAUCCACAGAGAGUUGUUGUGAGAUACGGCGGUUCUGUUGAAGUUAACUGUAAAACAUCAGUCCUACAUAGAGGGAUGGGAUGGGAAGCCAGUGAGGGAGCAGUGCCUAUGACCAAAAACCAGAAUCUGAUCACAUGGAGAGUGUCAGAACUGACAGAAUGGGACAUGUUCCCAUUCUGCUACAUAAAUCCAAACGAAGGUGCACAGUGUGAAGUAAAGCUCCCGGUCACCAUUUACAAGACUCCAGACAGUGUGUCCAUCAGCACUGUGAAUCACAGAGGACCAAUGAAAGAGGGACAGCAGUAUGAGCUCCAGUGUGACGUUCAUGAUGUGGCUCCUGUUCAGUAUCUCACUGUCAAAUGGUACAAAGGACAGACUCUGCUGCAUCAAACCACCUUCAGUGACACUGACAAGACCCCAGUGAAUAAAACUGUCACACUCCUGAUCCGUCCAGACAGAGCUGAUGAUGGAGCUCAAUACAGGUGUGAAGCAGAGCUGGAUCUGGGAGCAGAAGGACCUCAACCUUCUCCUAAAUAUUCAUCAGAACCUCGUAAUGUCGAAGUAUACUAUAAACCACAACACUCCAGUUCAACAGAGACCAUCAUUAAAGAUGAUAAGGUCAUGCUAGAUUGUUCAGUGAAGGCAAACCCGGCUCCUGACUACACAUGGUCCUCAGAUCAUCUGAACUUGAACAUCAGCUCCUCGGUGAUCGAGUCCUCAGCACUCAGUCCAGGAAAAUACACGUGCACCGCCACAAACUCCCUGGGAAGAGACAGCAAAGUGUUCAUCCUUAAAUCUACAGGUGCAGAAGCUGAAUGUCCUCUUCAGCUCAACCCACAGAGAGUUGUUGUGAGAUACGGCGGUUCUGUUGAAGUUAACUGUAAAACAUCAGUCCUACAUAGAGGGAUGGGAUGGGAAGCCAGUGAGGGAGCAGUGCCCAAGAUCAUAAACCAGAAUCUGAUCACAUGGAAAGUGAUAAACCUGACAGAAUGGGACAUAUUCCCAAUCUGCUACAUAAACCUAAACAAAGGUGCACAGUGUAAAGUAGAGCUCCCAGUCACUGUUUACAAGACUCCAGACAGUGUGUCCAUCAGCACUGUGAAUCACAGAGGACCAAUGAUAGAGGGACAGCAGUAUGAGCUCCAGUGUGACGUUCAUGAUGUGGCUCCUGUUCAGUAUCUCACUGUCAAAUGGUACAAAGGACAGACUCUGCUGAAUCAAACCACCUUCAGUGACACUGACAAGACCCCAGUGAAUAAAACUGUCACGCUCCUGAUCCGUCCAGACAGAGCUGAUGAUGGAGCUCAAUACUGGUGUGAAGCAGAGCUGGAUCUGGGAGCAGAAGGACCUCAACCUUCUCCUAAAUAUUCAUCAGAACCUCUUAAUGUAGAAGUAUACUAUAAACCACAACACUCCAGUUCAACAGAGACCAUCAUUAAAGAUGAUAAGGUCAUGCUAGAUUGUUCAGUGAAGGCAAACCCGGCUCCUGACUACACAUGGUCCUCAGAUCAUCUGAACUUGAACAUCAGCUCCUCAGUGAUCGAGUCCUCAGCACUCAGUCCAGGAAAAUACACGUGCACCGCCACAAACUCCCUGGGAAGAGACAGCAAAGUGUUCAUCCUUAAAUCUACAGGUGCAGAAGCUGAAUGUCCUCUUCAGCUCAACCCACAGAGAGUUGUUGUGAGAUACGGCGGUUCUGUUGAAGUUAACUGUAAAACAUCAGUCCUACAUAAAGGGAUGGGAUGGGAAGCCAGUGAGGGAGCAGUGCCCAAGAUCAUAAACCAGAAUCUGAUCACAUGGAGAGUGUCAGAACUGACAGAAUGGGACAUGUUCCCAUUCUGCUACAUAAAUCCAAACGAAGGUGCACAGUGUGAAGUAAAGCUCCCGGUCACCAUUUACAAGACUCCAGACAGUGUGUCCAUCAGCACUGUGAAUCACAGAGGACCAAUGAUAGAGGGACAGCAGUAUGAGCUCCAGUGUGAUGUUCAUGAUGUGGCUCCUGUUCAGUAUCUCACUGUCAAAUGGUACAAAGGACAGACUCUGCUGCAUCAAACCACCUUCAGUGACACUGACAAGACCCCAGUGAAUAAAACAGUCACGCUCCUGAUCCGUCCAGACAGAGCUGAUGAUGGAGCUCAAUACUGGUGUGAAGCAGAGCUGGAUCUGGGAGCAGAAGGACCUCAACCUUCUCCUAAAUAUUCAUCAGAACCUCUUAAUGUCGAAGUAUACUAUAAACCACAACACUCCAGUUCAACAGAGACCAUCAUUAAAGAUGAUAAGGUCAUGCUAGAUUGUUCAGUGAAGGCAAACCCGGCUCCUGACUACACAUGGUCCUCAGAUCAUCUGAACUUGAACAUCAGCUCCUCAGUGAUCGAGUCCUCAGCACUCAGUCCAGGAAAAUACACGUGCACCGCCACAAACUCCCUGGGAAGAGACAGCAAAGUGUUCAUCCUUAAAUCUACAGGUGCAGAAGCUGAAUGUCCUCUUCAGCUCAACCCACAGAGAGUUGUUGUGAGAUACGGCGGUUCUGUUGAAGUUAACUGUAAAACAUCAGUCCUACAUAGAGGGAUGGGAUGGGAAGCCAGUGAGGGAGCAGUGCCCAUGACCAAAAACCAGAAUCUGAUCACAUGGAGAGUGAUAAACCUGACAGAAUGGGACAUAUUCCCAAUCUGCUACAUAAACCUAAACAAAGGUGCACAGUGUAAAGUAGAGCUCCCAGUCACUGUUUACAAGACUCCAGACAGUGUGUCCAUCAGCACUGUGAAUCACAGAGGACCAAUGAUAGAGGGACAGCAGUAUGAGCUCCAGUGUGAUGUUCAUGAUGUGGCUCCUGUUCAGUAUCUCACUGUCAAAUGGUACAAAGGACAGACUCUGCUGAAUCAAACCACCUUCAGUGACACUGACAAGACCCCAGUGAAUAAAACUGUCACACUCCUGAUCCGUCCAGACAGAGAUGAUGAUGGAGCUCAAUACAGGUGUGAAGCAGAGCUGGAUCUGGGAGCAGAAGGACCUCAACCUUCUCCUAAAUAUUCAUCAGAACCUCUUAAUGUCGAAGUAUACUAUAAACCACAACACUCCAGUUCAACAGAGACCAUCAUUAAAGAUGAUAAGGUCAUGCUAGAUUGUUCAGUGAAGGCAAACCCGGCUCCUGACUACACAUGGUCCUCAGAUCAUCUGAACUUGAACAUCAGCUCCUCAGUGAUCGAGUCCUCAGCACUCAGUCCAGGAAAAUACACGUGCACCGCCACAAACUCCCUGGGAAGAGACAGCAAAGUGUUCAUCCUUAAAUCUACAGGUAGUCGUCACACAUUCUAGACUGUUCUUAUUUUCUUCCUUUUGCUGGUUACAUUGAUUGUUGUCAUCUUGUUUUGUUUUUUCUCUUUUUUAAUGAAAUGUUGUGACAAUAACAACCUGAAGUAGUGAGAGUUAAGUGUUGUGAUGUGAUUUAAAUGAUUAUUGCAGUAAGCCCUACAGGAGGCGCUACUGGUUUUUGUAUUGGUUUAGCUAUGCGUGCUUACGUCAAAUGACGUGCUCUUCAGCAGCUGGUUAUUGAUAAAAUGCUUGAUUGCCUCUGUUAUCUGCUCCUGGCAAAAUCCUGUUAAUAAACUGUUGAAGACUACUUUGAGGAAUCAAAGUAACUUAUACCCUAACUUCUAGGCUGUAGGGGGUCACUUUUAACCCAGAAACAUAACAGUGUAACAAAUGACAUGACUUCAUGCCAGGCCAAAAUCAUGUUAUGAAAGCUAUAGACCUUAUAGACCUUUGUGGUAUUAUUUAUUUAGGGUAGUAUUUCAGGACAAGAAUGAAAAUGAGGCUGUAAGAGACUGAAGUACAGUACAGUGCAUUCAAUGGAUUGUAUUGCUGUUUAUCAACUGAUUGUUCAGCUGAUAAGAAUUCUUCCUGAAAAAUGUUUCAGUAGACAAAAACUCCAUAAAAAUAAAUGGUAAAAAAAAAAAAAAAUUAUAUGCCAGGACUGCAAAUCUAUCCCUCAUUUCCAUCCACUUCAAAUCCAAAAUGGCAUCUAUCCUGGUGUGUUUGGUCAGUAGACGGCUGGAGUUUUCUAUGUAGUGUGUACUGCUGUGUAACUAUUCAUAAUUUUAGCCAGAAAUAUUUCCAGUAAUGUGUACAGUCAUAACUCACUCAUUUCUCACUCUCUGUUGAGAUGAUGUGAAUCAAAAGAUGGGAAUCUUUUGCACUCUGGAUGUUUAUUGUCUCACUUCUUAAUUUCUCUGUGUGUUUAUUUAACAUUGUAGUUAUUUGAUAUAUAGUUUUUAUUCAUCAUAUAUUAAAAAGCUUGUCACUAUUAUUUCCACAAGGCUUUAUUUUCAUAUUAUUCCCUAAAGAUCUCUCUGUAGGUGGCGAUAAUAAUUAACCAUUUCCUGCAAACAUGUCUUUUUGGGGCCUAUGCUGGCCUUUUGCGGGCACAGUAGGGCCAGCCCACACCAAACCUAAACAGGCCCAGUGCGGGCUUGCCCAGGGGAGGCUCACAGCUUUGGGCUCAUCGCAGGCUCUCUGUGAGCAGCCUAAACUAUGGGACCGCCUGGCUCAGGGUACUCCAGAACAGGUUUGAGAACCACUUGCCUUAAGUAAUUAACUGGCUGGCCAGGUAAAUUUCAGCUUAGUUUGCACCAAUCCUGGGUUUUAGGUACCAUGAAAGUGGCUUGGAUUUUGGCUGCAUUGAUUGCCAAAGUAACUCUCCACGCCUCACCUGCUCCGUGGCAGGUUAAGUUCUUAUGUAGAGAUCACAAACUGAAAUUGGACCAAUUAGAUGUGAACAAAGUGACACAUGUCUGACACAAAAAAAGUAACUCCCCCAGUUUAUCUUGCUUCAAAUUAAAGGUCACUAGAACAAAAAAAUAAAUGUCUGGCUUUAAUGUUAACUUAUUUUAUAAUAUUUAUAUAAUUUUUAUAUUAUUGAUAUUAUUGUUAAUCCAUUACACACAAGCAAUAUUAGUUUAACAGUUAUUAUAAAUCAUUAUUUUAAAUGAAUAUAUACAGAUCAUAAUAAUAUAAAUAAUAUGUAGAAUCAAUAGAUAAUGCUUUAAAAAUGACUACGUGACCUUACAUGUUUCAGUCUCUAUCCAUCAAGUUUCACUUGUGACUGCACUGAUAAAGCAAGAUAAACUUUUAUUUGUCCUCUUUCAUGAACAAGUACUUUUUUCAGUGUAGAUGUGUUUAAAUUCAUCAUAUUCUACAAUCUCUUAACCUUUAACAAAAAUGUUAACCCUUUAGACUGGAAUCUCACUGGGUCUCUCGCAAGAAGUGAAUCAUACUUGCUCUGUGUUGCAAGGCAUGUGAUUGGCUGUGUGCCAGUGAUGUCACACAUUCAUGUGCACACGCUCCACAAACUCAGGAUCAAACCCUGAGUUAUUGUAAAGCCUAUCAAUGUCAAGCAAUAAAUUUCUCCAAUCAAAUCAUCCAAGUAACCAAAAUUUAUUAACAACUCGUCAAAAGUUCUAAAACACAAAUAGGCUUAGCUGGUAGCAAGUUGAUACCAUAAGGGUUCAACAACCCCCAAUAUAUAAUGUGUAAAUGUGCAAUACUUUACCAGACAAAAACAGUAAUUCAAAACAGUGACACAGGCCAGCUCCUAAAACACAGCCAGAAAGACACCCUCCUUAUUGUGCUAAAACAUUCAAAAUCAUUUUAAAAACAUCAUACAUCCAAUAACAUGAAUACACAUUCCAAUACAGCACAAUAUAAAACAAACAAACACUUCAACCAUAUACAUCACAUAGGCUACCUAUACCAGCUAGAUAAGAGUUUUCCAACUCUGGCACAAACCAUCAUUGCCAUCUGCACAAAACAUUUACAUGCAAAUGAUUAUACACAAUAUCACACUGUUAAAAAGUAUUACAUCCAACAUUGUCACAUACCUAACAACAGCUACGACAACUGUUUUCCGAAGCUGGAACAAACCAAUAUUGCAGUCUCCAAGAAAAAAAUCAUCACCACUACCCAUCUGGCAAUCGGCAUUACUCCAAAGCUAAUGCCAUCCCAUUCAUAAAGGACACGUAGGCUAGAAACUACCAUACAGGACUACCAUUAAUACUAUAUUGUUUGUAGCCAUUACAUUAUCAAAGAAAGUUGAUGAUCAGCAUCAUGGUACCAAAAAAAAAACCAGAUUGAGGUGGUUUGGUUUUGUCAAUUUAAAUCUAAUCCUGUAACUCUUGAGUUUGUUCAACUAUCAUCAUAGUACAGGCCCCAGGUUGGGAAAUGUGUAAUUUCAAGCCCAGUCUAAAGGAGUUUUUAUUUUUAUUUUUAUUUUGUGACGCGAGACCAUAGUCUGGAAUAUGUGUGAUUGUUCCUGGAUAGGGAGAGUCUGGUGGUUUGAGAGCUGUGGCUUGUUUUCAUUAAAAGAGGUUGAAUUAUUAUUUUGCUAUCACCCAACUUCAGCUAUGGACAGUGUUUGGAAAUUGAUGUACUAAAGAUGACACUUUCACACACAUCAACUUUCACAUGAUGAAAUCCUAUAAUCUUACAUUGCUUUGUGUUUGUUUGUUUUUCGUUACUUUUGUACGUUUACAUUUUUGGCUAUAUGUAGCUGUAUUAACCUGAAUUUAAUGUUUUCUAUUUUUUAUUUAAUAAAAUCAUUGAAAUCCCU